GAAACUGCGCUUCCUUCACUUGUCAAAGACGUUGAAAACAAAAUCGGCAAGCAAGCGAACGUACAGCGUUCCCAACAGAGUGGUUGGGUGAUAAAUAUAGCAAGAAAGUGUUCAAAACGGCACACAUCCCGGUGAUAACGCGAUAACGUGAACAAAUUUCGUCGUUGAAUACGUACGGUUUGGCAAAAGGGAAAGGAUAGGAAAAACACAGCACACGCGCAGAUGUUUAGCAUGGAUUCCAAAAUACCGAAACCAGCGUUCUUGAAGAAACCUGCCGGGCCGCUUAGUUUGCCCGGUAAUGCGCGCCUACCGUUAACCAGAGAUUUGCUAAAUCUUCCACUGGCAAAUGCGAGCAUGUUUGCCAAGCGUAUGGCCUCACCAGAUAAGCCAAGCAACGGGGGUGUGCUGAACCGUGCCAAACUGCGCCGCAGCCGAUCGGCUACCGAUCUAAACAGACCGGAUUUUCAUCGCCCCAAGUACACGUCUAACCUGGCACCGAUAUCGUCCAGAUCGGCCGCUAUUAACACCACCACGGUAUCGAUGAUGGCGGGCAGCGAUCUGAUCAAACCGUUGUCCGAUACCAAUGGUCCAAGAACGCACCUUCGCCGAAGUCGUUCCGCCUGCGACAUAGCGAUGAAAUCGAACGUGUCUUCUGCAUCAUCGACGAAUUCAUCAACAGUUAGCGGGAUGUCAGCGUUCGCCGGAUACAAGCGACAGCCACCGCCCGGAGUCCGUAACGGUGUUCCGGCCAAGGUGUCCAAGACGGUUACACUGCAACCGAAAAACGCUGGGCUCGGGGCUUCGACUACGGUUGCCAAACCACCAUCACAGAAGCCAGCAAUCUCCCAGACUGCAUCAAAGAAGGCUACGAUGCCGCCAGUAAAAAGCACUCUCGGUGUUGUUAAAUCAGGCAGUGGUGGUGUUGCGUGUGUUAAAUCGACCAGCGUGAAUGCUCCGAAAGCGAACGGCGUCGGCACGAAAACGGUCGGAAAAACGAUGAACAAACGCAUUCCACCGUACGACUAUAAAGCCCGGUUUGCCAACCUGACCGAAAAACACAAAGCGCUAGUUGAGAAGCAUGAGAAGCUACAGGAGGAACAUGCCAGCCGGGAAGCGCUGCAGGAGCUGUACGACGAUUGCACCCGCGAACUGGGUAACUUGAAAAAUCAACACGCACAACUGCAGCAGGAACUGGCGCUGAUCCGGUUGGAAAAUGACGAGCUAAAGCAAAGCAAUCUAACGCUCACCACCGCCCUGCAGCACACGGAAACGGAGCUGAGCAAAUAUCGGGAAAAAUUCACCGUCGUCGAUCGGGAAAAUGUGGAACUUCGAAAGCAGCUGCAAGAGCUGGCAGAGCGGACAGCGUUCCUGGAGGAAGAAAAUAUGACGCUGCAGGACGCAAAUCAACGCAACACGGAGCUCCUGUUUCACGCAAACAUCGAGCGGAAAGAUCUGCACAACAUGGUAAUGGACCUUCGGGGAAAUAUUCGUGUGUUUUGCCGUGUGCGGCCUCCGUUGCCAUCGGAAGCGAACCGAAUCGAGUGCGGUUGGAAGUAUCUGGACGAGCAGUCGAUCGAGCUGAUUGCGAUGGACGGCACGAACAAGCGGAUGGACUUCAGCUUCGAUCACGUGUUCCAUCCGCGCACGACGCAACAGGACAUCUUCGACAACGUGUCGCCGCUGAUACAGUCCGCCCUGGACGGGUACAACGUGUGCAUCUUUGCGUACGGUCAAACGGGAAGCGGCAAAACGUAUACGAUGGAUGGUGUGGCGGACAGUUUGGGCGUUAUUCCCCGCACGGUGGAUCUGAUCUUCAGUGCCGUCAAUGACUACAAGCGCUUUGGCUGGGAGUAUGAGAUUCGAGUCACCUUCCUGGAGAUUUAUAACGAGGUGCUGUACGAUCUGCUCGACACGUCCGGCACGACGAAAGAGCUCGAGAUACGGAUGGCCAAUGCGAAAAACAAGACGGAAGUGUACGUGUCCAACAUCAUCGAAGAGACGGUCGAAUCGACCGGACGGUUACACCAGCUGAUGAACAUUGCCAAGAUGAAUCGGGCGACGGCCGCCACCGCCGGCAACGAGCGAUCGUCGCGGUCACACGCCGUCACGAAAAUAACGUUGAUCGGUACGCACCAGGACAAGGGCGAAACGUGCAUCGGGUCCGUCAAUCUGGUCGAUUUGGCCGGUUCCGAAAGUCCCAAGACGAGCGUACGCAUGGACGAAACGAAAAACAUUAACCGAUCGUUGAGCGAGCUGAGCAACGUUAUAUUGGCGCUGGUCCAGCGGAACGAGCACAUCCCGUACCGGAACUCGAAGCUAACGCACCUGCUGAUGCCGAGCCUGGGUGGCAAUUCGAAAACGCUGAUGUUUGUGAACGUGGCACCGUUUCAGGACUGUUUUAUGGAGACGGUCAAAUCGCUCCGGUUUGCGUCGCAGGUAAACUCGUGCAAGAUGCAGAAGGUGAAGAAAAAUAAGGUCCUGAACGGUUCGUCCGUCAUGUAAUGGCAAGUAAAUUGUUCGUACAAAACCUUUAAUGAAAUGAGCCCCGAACCCGGUGGAAAUUGUCGUUUCUGUUGCUAUAGCCUUUUGGUAGACAGACAAAUCUUUGUAAAAAUGAAAGGGAAAGCACUUUGGAACGCGGGGCUGGACGAAAUAAUCUUCUACAUUAUGGUAAAAUCUCCACACGAUUAGAUGUCCGAUGCCAAACGGAGGUUAAAUUUUAUUCGAUUCGAUUUUAUAUCAGUAAUUUAUGCGCGAUUUUGUGACACGAAAACAUUGGCCGUCGACGACGACAUCAUUCAGAUUUGAGCAAUAAUUCUAACCAUCGUACAAUAAAUGCAUGUGUUUUUUUAACCGA